UAAAAAAGGAGUUACAGGUGGUAAAUUGGUAAUAGUGGCACACUAGUAAGGCGUGCGGACGAGAGGAAAGCACAAUGUCAUCAGAGCUUCCAUUGGAUGCACCAGCACCAAGAUUAUGUCAUAUUAUAAAGUGGCCAGAUUUUGAAGGUUAUGGUUUUAACUUGCAUGCAGAAAAAUCCAAACCCGGUCAAUACAUUGGAAAAAUUGAUGAAGAUAGCCCUGCUGAAUUGGCUGGUUUAAGAGAGGGAGAUAGAAUAAUAGAGGUGAAUGGAGUAAAUAUAGCAAAUGAAAAUCACAAACAAGUUGUUGAACGAAUAAAAUGUGUGCCAAAUGAAACCAAAUUACUGGUUGUAGAUCUAGAAGCUGACAAAUGGUACAAAGAGAAGAAAAUAGUGAUCAAAAGCACUCUGGAUAACGUUGUUUUUGGAAAGACACCAAUGAAAAGGCCCUUCAAAAGAACAACUGUUGAUGAAAAUGUGGAUGACACUGUAACAGAAGAGAAAAUACCAGAUGUGAAAACAAAUGAUCAAUCAAAAAGUCAAUUAACAUCACCAAAUGGAGCUUUGGCUAAGUCAACACCCCCAAGCCAGCCUAAAAAUGGAGAAGUCAACUUGAACCUUGGUAACACUGAGUCAGCCCCUGAUUCACCUCACUCAAGCAAUCACAGUCAAAAUGGUCCUGGAGUUUCACCACCUACAAGUGAUCUGAACUUCAAUAUGAGUGCUUCAGAAAUGCGCAAAUUAUUAAUUGCCCGUAAAAAGAAAGAUCCAAGAAAUGACCAGAUGGACAUGAAAGAAAAGUACAAUAGAAUCCAGCAGUUGUGAUGACAUUUUCAAAUCUGAAUUUUUAAUGUGGAUAAGUAAAAUCUUAAUUGCUUGUAAUGAUGUUUUAAAAAGAAUAAUAUGCUUGUCAGUUGGUUGAAUAAACAUAAAGCAGGCUGUUAUAUGAUACUAGAAAGAUCUAACAUGAUUCAGUGUAUGGUUGAUUUCUUUAAUUUUGUUAUGGACUCAGAUUACCAUUAUUCUGUACUUAGGAGCUAUACAUAUAUAAACAAGACAUGUUUUUUUACUUGCUAUAGAUUAACAUUUUAUAAUAGUUUUUUUUAUUUCCAUGUUAUCUACAAUGGUUAUCUUCCUUAUAAUCUGAGCACGAGCCAAUAGAGAUUACUAUACAGUUAUAUCUUAUUGAAGGCUUAGUUAUAUUGAAUUAAUGCAUAAUUUCAUACAGAAGCUGAUGAUAAAGACUGGGUUUUGAUACCUGUGGUGGGCAGAGCCACAGAUAGCCGAUUAUGUAGUUUGUGCUUAACAACCAAAUAAACAAACAAGCUGUUUCAUAUACAUGAAACAUGAAAUUUGCACUUGUACUACCCUUCACAGGGUUUUCAGUCUAUCAAAAGUCAUUGUUCAUUACAUUCAUGCUUUUUCUCUCUCUCUCUCUCUAGCUAAAUAGAGAAUUUUAUUUUUGAAAUAACUAAGGUAAUACACAACCUUAUUGAUUCUCUUCAGCUUUUCCUUGAAAAACAACUUAUAUUAAUUAUUGUUAGAAAGCUACAUGUUUUAUAGAACAUAUAUUCUAAGUUGUACUUUGAAAAUUUGCAACUUAGAUGCUUAAAAUUUUUUUACAUAAUAUCUUUGGUGUCUCUAAUACUCUAAUAUUUUACAAAUAAACAUAACAUUUUGAAAAAAAAUACUGUUUCCAGUAAAUCUGAUGAUUAUGUUGGCUUUGACCUGGUGCACACAACUUGUGUUUUUAUGUAUCUUAAUUGAACAGGAAGUUACUUUAGAUUUUUUCUUAUAAUGAAAUUUAUGAAAACCACCAGGUGUAAGGUUAAGAAUUCAUUGGCAGCAAUAUUGUAAGCAAUCUUGUCUUAUCAAGCAAGGAAAAGUUACGGUCUUGAUGUAGUAAGUAAGCUUUAGUAAUAUCAUUUAUUACUAAUAAGCACUUUAAUGUUAGGAAUAUUAGUCACCAUGUUAAACUGAAUGCUGUCCAUUAUUUUUUUUAAUAUCCUUGAACAUCUGUCAUAAUAGUCUCAAACUUAUCCAUAAAAAGUAUAUUUGAUGGUAGGCAAUCCUUGGUCUUAUUCUUAGUAAGACCAAGGAGUUAUUUAUAUCCGAGUUUCACUAACAAAUAUCAAUUUAAUGUGAUCUAGGAAAAUUAAUAACUUUUCACUGUAUAUGUAUAAUCUGGUAAUCCAUCUGUCAUUAUUCAAUUGUACUUUUUUACAGUUCAUUUAAAACUUGCUUUAGCUUUUGGAAAGCAACAUUAGUUUUUUCAUUUGUACAUGUAAUACUGUGUGACAAGUGGUCUUUUAAAAACUGCUUGAGAACAUUUGUUUUAACGAAACUUCUUUAUGCAUCUGUAAUAAAAUAGGUUAGCAGUUUUCGUUUCAGCUAAUUUGUUCAGUUUGUAUUUGUUAUAAAAAGACAACUCAUUCAGAACUGCUUAGGAUCCAUUUUUUUAGAACCAUUAAAAAAAAAACACAAAUGGAAAUAAAAAUGUGUGCCCAAUUACUUUUACUGAAUUUGUGUAUUUUUGAAAAGUAUCUGACUGAUUUCAUUAAAGCAAGUCAAUUACUUUAAGUAUUUUGCUUUCAUGUAAUGUUUCUGGAAUUGUAAGGAAACUUAAUGUGUGUCAGAUACCAGGAGAGGGUUAUAAUGAUGAUUAAAUAGCAAUACUUUGAUUGUGAAAAUUUAGUGAUGCUGAAAAUUUUUUUCAAUCUGAAAAUCUGAUGUUAGGAGUUUGUUUAAUACCAUAUUUUUCAAAUACAGUAUGUUCAAAGUUAAUGAAUUCUUGUUAGCUGAGGAAGUUUCACACUUAAACAUUUUAAAGUCACUUUUAUAAACUUUGUUUUAAGAUUGUUAAAGUUAUGUUAGUUAUUUGUACAAAUUACACUAAGCUCAAGGGUUAAGAACAGUUGUGUGUGUGUGUGUGUAUAUAUUAUUCAAUUAUAUUGUACAUGUGCAUCUUUCACUUUCACUACAGUCAUUAAGUUUAUAAAUUUACCUGGUAAUAAUUAAAUGAUGGACUACAUGUAUACAUGUCUGUGUGGGGUUUUCUAUGAUUCCAUUUUCAAUGAAUAUGAUAUAUAUAAUUGCAUGAAACUAAUUUUUGUGUGGUGCAAAACAUUUUGAGUGGACAUCUGAUAGUCCUGUUUAAACUGUACAUGUGUUUAAGUGUAUCAUAUUCAUGUUAUUUUGAUCUCUUUUCAAUGGAGAGCUGAAUACAUAUCUACAUAUGGUCAAAAUAGUGUUGUCACUUUGAAACCCUUUCAGAUAUCAGUGAAUCUUUUUGUUUGAUACGAAGCUCUAGUAUUUCAGCAUUGAAUCUCCUGAAUAUGUAAUUCUCAAAAUUCUCUCUUUCUAGUUCAAUCCAGAAAAUGAUGGAUUUGAAUGUAAAAUUUUUUUAAAUAUUAAAAUUAUAAAUGUUUUAUGGGUAUUUUAUGUUUCAGGUCCUUGUUAUAAGUAUUAAUAAUAAAAUUAGUACAUGUAUCCUUAUUACUAGAAUUAAAAAGGUGCCAUUUGUUUUUAAGAUACUAAUUUUGAAAAUGUAUUAUUUGGUGCAGGGGGCAUAUUUGUGCCAUGCGUUAUAACAAGAUUUGUAAACGUUUGUUUUAUUUGUUAUAAUUAUAAUCAAAAGUUAUUGUUUUUAAAUAGAAGAAGAAAGUACUUAAAGUAACAAGUUGUUCAUGGUGCUAAGUCCUGAAUAGGUUUGUAAGUAGAAGUUAAAAGUAAAGUUAAACAAAGCAAUAUAAAAUGAACAUUACACUAAACAUGGAAAAUGGAAAGGAUUUUUGGCUCUCAACUUUGAAAGAGAUGAAAUAGAUUUUUUGAGCUUAUUCAGUGGUUGUUUAUGAUAUAUUUGUUAAUUAUAUAUAUAUCUUUUGUAUUAUGCCUUGUUUCACUGAUGAGCCUAUUCAAUGUUUAUCUUUUAGUUUAACUUCUAACUUGGCAUUAAAGCAUACUUGUUGGUUUCAUACAGCUUCUUAAGCAUCAAAGUUUAUACUAGUAGGUUGAUUGUUUUUUUAUUAUUAUUAUACAGACUUUCAGAAACUGAUAGGGUACUUAGACAUUGUCUUGGUUGUGAAAUAUCAAGAACUAAAGAGAGAGGCAUAUUUUAUUGUUUUAACUAUUCUAUGAAAACAUUUUUUCUAUUUUCUACUUUUUUCAAAGUUAAACUUUUAAUCAUGAGCUGUUUUAGAAAUAAAUUUUAAAGCAAACUUUGAACGAAAUACAAGUACAAAGAUAAAUAAAAAAUGUACUCAUUUUGAUGAAGUAUAGAAAACAAAAUGAUGUACAAGUGACUAAAUUUUGAGAAUUAUAGGAGUGUGGAUCUUGUUACUUAAAUGUUAACAAGGAAUUUUAUAGAAAAUACAGUAAUUUUUUCAGCUGUCUGAUGUUCUAUAUUCAUAUAAUAAAUGCUUUAAACUUUUAGACACAUUAUACCAGUUUAUAUUGAUAAAUAUUCAAUGCAUUCUAAUUAGUGGAACUGGAAUGACCAGAUGGAUAAAGAACUAGUUACUGGCUCUUGAAACUUGUGUAUUUCUCUUGUUAUAAAUGUGUGUGUGUUCAUAGAAAACAGUGUUGGUAUUAUAUUUUAUAUACCUAUAGAUCAUGACUGAAAGAAAAGAUAAAAUUGUAUUUUUUAUUAUUCAUAAAUAUAGCUUAAUAUCAUACAUCAUUGGGGUUUUGUAGGAUUUUUUAAAUAUGGCCCUCAUGCUGUUUUGUAUGAAAACAUGGUGCUAAAUGUAAUAUAUUUGUGCACUUUAUGACAUUCAGAAAUGUCAAAAGAUGUUUUUGCAACAAGAAGAAAUUGUUCAGUUAUCUAUAGGACAUAUUAUUAAUUUUUAAAGUUCAGAACUGUCAUAAAUGGACUUAAUUCUGUCUAAGUUAGUUCUAAAUGAAAACUUAAUCAAGCUGAUUUAUGUUUUAAUCUUUAAAAAUGGAUAUAAUGUUUAACCAUAAUUUCCACUUCAUCACCAAAAUAAUAAGUUAAUUACCAUUUGAUGAUCUUUUUACAUCUGUUUACUCUUAUCAAUUUGUAUGUGGUCAUGCAUGUUUUUUAUAUGUCAAAAGAUAAGUUACUGAUUUUCUUCUCAUAGGCAAAUAAAUAUUGUUGUAAAUGUU